AGGGAACUACAAGCGCGAGGUAAACAAUUUUGAACCAAAUUUGCGAUAUUUUCAAGCCAUGUGUCGCGACUCCUGACGGUGUGUGCUUUACGUUCAUUCCGCGGUUGCCGGAGGAACCAGAGAAGGAGAGAAGAGCAAAAUACCUCGGUUUUAUAGCGCAUUUCCUGUGAUUUCCGGCCCGAAAUACACUGUCCCUUCAAACCCACUGUUAGAGGAACUGCUUGUUGAUUUUUUCACUGUUGUUUUUUCGCCUCUUCUCCUGCCCGGAAGGUGUACGUGAGUGGGUGUUUCUCCCUCUGCGUGUGUUUAAAGGCCCGGUGUGCACCUCUCCUUCAGGCUGUGGAGUGGUGUGGAUCCCUUGGGCCUUUUAAACACGCCUUCCCAGACAUGUUCCGAUCAGCAUGUGAUUUCUUGGGGGUAGAUAACAACAGUGAUGGAGACUCUUCCAAGGAGAACUCACCCAGUGCCCUCGUCAAUGGGCAGUAUUCUCCGUCGUCGUCGUCCUCUGCAGCUGUGGUUGGCAGUGGGGGGUCUCCUUGGGGUCGCACACUAACCCCCCGUCCAGCCUCUACUCAGGGCUCUGUUCUACCCCAGAGGUUGUCGAUGGGCAAUGGUGUGGCGGCCUCUCCUGUGUCCUCGUCAACCAAGCAGAAUGUGCCAUGGAAUGAUUUGAGUUUUGCUGCAGAAGUUUUAAGUCCAGGUUUUGCAAGCAGAGUAGUUAGGGAAGCACAAGCACAUAAUGGAAGAAGUCCAGGAGAGAACCGCAGACAAUAUCCAACAGCACAAGAAAGAUAUGUUCGAGCAGGUGUGCUGCCAAAUGUACGCCUUGGAGGGCGCACAAAGGCAGUCCUCAGUCCAAGAAGACCACCUACCUCCCCACUCCUCCCUCUUGGCCGAUCCACAGCCACUUUCACAUCUUCCCUCUCGACUGAUUUCUUGUCUUCAGCAACACCAAGGAUGCCCGACAUCAGAUCUGUAGCUUCAGUUCUUGAGUCACCGAAUACACCAAACGAAUGUGCCAGAGACCCAACGAGUGUUCAAGCAGUGGUAGCAGCUUUGCAGCAGGCACAGGCUGGGAAGGGUGUCAAGAGAGGAGCUUGUUAUAUUGAACCAGAAGACCUAAGUAAAAGACAGAAAUGUAAUGGCAGUAGUAUAGUCCCCACCACUUUACCCGUCAACUAUUCAAGAGAUUACCUGGAGGAGACCCAGAAUCGAGGUAGUAGUACUCCAAAUGGUGGGGGUGAGAAACGUGCUCUGGACCUCAGUCCUGGGGCUCAGUCUAACACCCACCAGUUAAGCCCAGAGAACAAGAGGCGUUGUGUGCUUGAUCCCAUGAUGGCUUCCUUCUCCUCAUCAAAGCAUAUGGAGCUAAGAAUGUCUCAGGGUAGUGGAAGAGAGACCCCAUUCUCCAUGUAUGAUUCAAGACGGGACACAGAUUCUGAAAGCAACCGCAGUGUGGAUUCUGGACAGUCCAAAGCCUCUGAACAAUCCCUACACCAGCAGACAAGUGAGGCCACCGGUGGAGACUCUUGCAUGAUCAGUCCAGGACCCUCAGAACGUGACCCAUCUGACCGCUCAGGCUCACAUACACCCCAAAGCACACGGGGAGAGAGCUGCAAUGGAACAGGGGGGACAGCAAACACCUCCCGUACAUCCACCCCUAGAAACCCUACUCCGCCAAGACCUACUCACGUCAUAUCUUUAGAAGCAUACAAAGCAGAGAAGGCCAAGAGUCAGCAGAGACUCAAAAAGAUGCUGGGUAUGCUUUUCCAUGUUGAUGAAAAUGAAGAGAGUCAGUCAUCAAAGUCUGGAAGUGUACCUCAGCCAACACCAUCCACAUCAUCUACACUAGCAGCAACAUCUAUAGACACUGUAGGAACUUCAACCACAGUAAGUUCUGUAUUGAGGACCAUUGCUCCAGACGAGGCAUCACCAAGUGUGUCAAGUAGUACCACUACAACAGCUGAGACAGACAAGAAUGAAGUGACCACAACUUUCACAUUCUCUCUUAAACCACCAUCUACCUCUGUAGUAAAUAAAGAAACUGAUACAGUAAAGACAACUGAAUCAGCUGGGGAUGAGGGUGGCAGUAAUGUGUCUGUAACAGCAGUCUUGAAGCUUCCUCCCCCAGUCAGUAGUGAUGUUACAAGCCUUAGCACACCAACUGUCUCCACAUCUAUCACUGCUGUUACUCAGUCAGCCGACACACCCACUGCUGUAACAUCUUCAUCUGUAAUAGCCAAAAAUCCUCUCUUAGCUGGUGCAACCUCAAGUGAGUCUGCAUUUGCACCCCUGAAACCUGGUUCAGAUUUGAGUCUGAUAAGUGGCAUAAUGCCUCUGACAGCACCAUCUAGCACAGCUAGUGAACAAACCAAUCAAGGAACGUUUAGUUUAGGGAGUACCUUAUCAAAGACAGCAUCUCAGGUCAGUUCCGGUACAGCUGUGUCUUCAGCCUUCAGUUUUGUUGUUCCUGGUUCUAACAGAUCAUCCUCGAUUACUUCUGCAGUUAGGCCAGCAAGUGCAACAGAUGGUAAAAAUGUAGAAAACCAGCAGGAAAAAACAAAGGUUCCUGGUGCUUUUACUUUUGGCAGUCAAGCUGCUCCUGCAAAUACAAGCACUAGUAGUCAAGGAGUAUUUGCUGCUACUGAUCCAAAAACAUCACAGGGAUCAUCUGCAGUGCCUCCUGCAAGCUCAUCUUCUCCAUUUACCUUUGGUGCUGGAAGUGAUGCAGUAUCUGGUCAGAGUUCUACAUUCACUUUUGGUCCCAAAACUACUCAGACUGAGGCUUCCACACCAAGCCUUGGGUUCUCUUUUGGAUCUCAAGACUCCAAAGCACCAGCAACUUCAACUCUGACUUCAGGAGCUCAGACAACUUCCGCAGCCUCAGGUUUCAGUUUUGGAACAUCGUCUGGUCCUACUGUUGCUGCAACUUCUGCUCCUGCUCCUGCUGCUGCUCCUGCUGCUGCUCCUGCUCCUGCUCCUGCUCCAGGAAGUUCAUCUGUGUCUGCUACCUUUACUUUCAGUCAGGGAUCUGCUGCCCAGACAUCUGCACCUAGCACAAGUUUCAACUUUGGAUCAAGUAUAGCACCACCAGCAACGGUCACAGCUGCUGCAACAGGUUCUCCUUUCCAGUUUGGAGCUCCAGAUCCUAAACCAACAACCGCAGCAACAAGUAUACCUUCAUUUACCCCAAGUACACAGAGUACUUCAUCUUCAAGCUCCUUAUUUAGCUUUGGAGCAGCAGCAAAGGCUACACCUGCUGCCACAUCAUCUAGUUCUCCAUUCAGUUUUGGAACAGUGAAGGCAAGCAAUCCUCCCUCUUUUGGUGCCAGUGUUGAUACAGCUAAACAAGCUACACCAAGUGGAGCAUUCACUUUUGGUUCUGCUCCAGCUGCUACUACCACAGCUACAUCAUCCCCUGGUUUCAACUUUGGAUCUUCUGCAGGAGCUACAGCUGCACCUACAUCAACACCAGCACCAGCACCAGCACCAGCACCAGCACCAGCAACCUUCAACUUUGGAUCUCCAGCAGUAUCACAGACUAACUCUGCUUUUCAGUUUGGAUCUACGGAUAAGCCUGCUCAAGUUGCCACAACAUCAAGCAGUCCAUUUUCAUUUGGUAGUACUGCCAGUAAACCUCCUAGUUUCGGUGCACCAACAAGCCAGACACAGUCACCGUUUAGCUUUGGUUCAAAUGCUGCUACUGGCCAAGCUUCAGUCCCAUCCUCAGCUGCAGCCCCAGCUCCAUCCUUUGGUUCUACUACAGGACAGGGCUUUGGUGCUCUGCCAACAAAUACUCAAGGUUUUGGAGCACCAACAACAAAUCCACCAGCCUUUGGCUCAACUACAAGUACAGCAGCAUUUGGUACACCAAAAACCACCCCAUCAUUUGGUGUACCAACAACAGCACCCCCAGCAUAUGGUGCAACAAGCAGUCAAACAAGCACUCCCUCAUUUGGAACUGUAACGAGUCCUCCGUCAUUUGGGGCACCUGCAACAAGCACCCCAGCUUUUGGCUCUACCACAAGUACUCCAGCCUUUGGGUCAACUGCCAAUCCUCCUGCAUUUGGAGCACCAGCAACAACUGCCCCAACCUUUGGAGCACCAGCAACAACUGCCCCAACCUUUGGAGCACCAGCAACAACUGCCCCAACCUUUGGAGCACCAGCAACAACUGCCCCAGCCUUUGGAGCACCAGCACCCAGCUUCGGUAGCACAGCCACAAGUGCAACAUCUCUAUUUGGUUCAUCUGCAGGCUUUGGCUUUGGAGGAGCUCAAGGGGGCAGCAAGGCGAGUACCCCAGCAAACCCCUUUGAAGCAGCACAGGGAGCAACUUCGCCUUUUGGAAGCACAAAUAGCCCAGCACCAGCAGCAGCUCCGGCUGCCACUCCAGCUCCAAGCUUUGCCUUCCAGGCUUCACAAACUCCUUCCUUUAACUCCCCAGCCUUUGGGAGUAGUUCUACACCAAAUGCCAAAAGCACACCAUUCCAGUUUGGUCAAACAGCAGCUAGUCCCCCAUCGUUUGGUGCCACACCUGCAGCAGGAGGGACAGCUUCUCCAGGAGGGCCAGUGUUCCAGUUUGGCAGUGCCAACCCACCUUCAUUCAAUGCAGGGGCGUUUAAUUUUGGUGGACCGUCUAUGCCAGGGGAUACUCAAAACAUUUUCAGUGUGGGUAACAACCCAGCCUCUUCAGCUCCGAGAAGAACGCGGGCAAGGGCUCCAAGACGACACCGCUAGCCAACCCACACUUGAUACCCAAUGUUAAUGAGGGGACCCUUCAUCCUUUGCUACUGAUGCCCUUUGGACCUUCCUUACAAAGCUGUUCCCGCAGCUCUGCCCCAUGGUUCUCAAGGGCAGGAGUAAAAUCAGCCACAUGCAGCAGCUGCCCACAAGGAUUCAAAAGUCCUAACUCGGUGGAGUGACAUUUCACAUGUCACGUCAGAGCCUGUGCAAAACAUAUAGGCUUCUCUUUAGGGCCGCAACAUGAUGUGGCUUCCUUAUUUCAGCUCUGUGGAGAGACUUGUAAGCACACUGGUUAUAGGAGUGUCAAUUAAGUGCUUGCUUAACAUGGUCUGCUUAUGUGAAAAAGGACUUGCAAGUGUAUAUUUAACCAAGGUUGACAAUAUUACCUAAUGGGAAUCCAUAAAUGAAAGCAUUAGUAAUCCAUAUCAUAUCAAAUAUAUGUAUAAUACUGUAAGUGUGUAUUCAGUUGUUAUCGUGAACACUUUGCUGUAAUUCAGCAAAGCUUUACUGUGUAUUUUGAAUUAACAUCACUUGACUUUCAUAAACAUCAUAUUUGUCCAACUAAGAAGAGAUGCCCAAAGGUUACCAAGAAUAGAUAUGUUGCUAAGCAUUAUCAAGCAAUUUUCCCUAUUUAGAAUAUCAGUUUUGGUGGCAUUAUUUAGGCCCAUAGAGCUGCUUCUAGCUAACAUACAUAUGUAUAGAUAUAUAUAGAUAUAUAUAUUUGAUUUGUAUCUUAUUUCUUUCUUUUUCCUUUUUGUGUCUUAUUUUUCGUAAGGGUUUAGGGUCUCAUACUGCUGCGUUAUUUGAUUACUCUACACUGAAUAGCAAAUUAUUAUAUCCUAACUCAAGUUUCAGAAGGAAUAAAAAAUUCUCUCUUCUAUCACGACUAGUUUAUAUGCUUUCAGCCACUUUCUUGAGCCUGUAUUGUUUUGACACAAAGGAGCCU